GUGAAAUCUUCCUUAAGUUUCACUCAAACAAAUAACUAGUAAAUAAAGAUAGUCUGAACAAGCAGGGAGACUAUUUCAGGAAAGGAAAUUAAAUUCUUUCUGAUUUCAUAAUCAAUAAGAUGAAUAGUAAAUAAUUCUUGAAAAAUUCUUUCUAGGAAUUUUGAUUCACAAAAAAAGGGGAGAAGUGAAUUUUGGACUGAGGUAGGACUGUUAUGCUGGAAGAUGACCUUGUGGUGUGUGUGACAGUCUGUGUGAGCAGAGAGGUGUGUUGAAGCCUUUCCAGGAACAACAGACUGUCAUCAGGGAACAAUCUCAUUGUGAAUGUACUUUCUUUCACAAAUACAAAUACAAGACCUCUGGACAAGGCUUGAGAACCUGCUGUAAGUAUGUGCUGUGCCAGGGAGUAAAUAUCAAUGAAUCAUCAACCAGGAGCUAAUGCCCAGGUUCCUUUUCAAGAAAGUUAAAACAACACGUUUUCAUGGAGAAAUGGAAUCAGAGCUCAAGUGACUUCAUUUUGUUAGGGUUGUUUCCAGAAAAUCAAACAGGCCUUCUGCUUUUGCUGCUCAUCAUCUUUGUCUUCUUUCUGGCCUUCUUUGGCAACUCAACAAUGAUCCACCUCAUUCGUGUGGAUCCCAGGCUCCACAGCCCCAUGUACAUUCUCCUCAGUCAGCUCUCUCUCAUGGACCUGAUGUAUAUUUCUUCUACUGUUCCCAAGAUGGCUUUUAAUUUCCUCUCUGGUCAGAAAAGCAUUACCUUCCUGGGCUGUGGAGUGCAAUCAUUCUUUUUCCUGACUAUGGCGUGUUCUGAGGGCUUGCUUCUGGCCUCCAUGGCCUAUGACCGUUUUGUGGCCAUCUGCCACCCUCUUCAUUAUCCCACUCGCAUGAGCAAAAUGAUGUGUCUGAAGAUGAUCAUAGGAUCCUGGAUACUGGGCUCAAUCAACUCUUUAGCCCAUACAGUCUAUGCUCUUCAUAUUCCUUACUGCCAUUCUCGGUCCAUUAACCAUUUCUUCUGUGAUGUCCCUGCCAUGUUGCCCCUGGCCUGUAUGGACACUUGGGUUUAUGAGUACAUGGUAUUUGUGAGCACAAGUCUGUUUCUCCUGUGUCCUUUCCUUGGCAUCACAGCUUCCUAUGGACGGGUCCUUUUUGCUGUCUUCCAUAUGCGCUCAAAAGAGGGAAAGAAAAAGGCCUUCACUACGUGUUCAACUCACUUAACUGUGGUGACAUUUUACUAUGCACCCUUUGUCUAUACUUACCUUCGACCUAGGAGUCUCCGUUCCCCGACAGAAGAUAAGAUUCUGGCUGUCUUCUACACUAUCCUCACCCCCAUGCUCAACCCCAUCAUCUACAGCCUGAGGAAUAAGGAGGUCCUGGGGGCCAUGACAAGAGUCUUUGGGACAUUCUCUUCCACAAAAACUUGAUCAUUUCUUCUCUACUCAUCUUUCAGUUUCCCUGGAGAAUGUCAUAGAGCAGUGCUGUCUAUUAGAAAUGUAAUGUGUGCCACACACAUGUCAUACCUUUCUGGUGAUUCAUUACUUUCUAAGAUUAAAUAAUACAUUCAUUACUAUAUACUAUUACAAUUUCCACAUGUUUAUUUAAUUUGUAAUGCUAUAGUCAAUAAUAUAAGCAGUAAAUAUUAACAACAAAUUGCUAUACUAUUAGCACAUGGUGCACAUAUACUAUGAGUACAAAGAUACUUCUGUGUGAUACUAUUUAUGCCAAAGUUGACAAGUUAUUUCUAAAAAAUUGACAUCAAAUUAUUUCUUUGCUCAUACAAUUUGCUUUCAUUCUUCAAAAUCUUUUGUGUGUUGCACAUUUACAACCUAUUAGAGUUGGGACUACAUACAUUUCAAGUGACCAAUACUCCCAUGGGAAACUGUGUUAAAAUUGGAGCAACAGCUGGGCAGAAGUGGUGCAUGCCUUUAAUCCUGGCACCAGGAGGCAAAGG